AUGGAGUCUCCCAUUAGCGAACUCUCAAUUGAGUCCGUUGUCGCUGCGAUCCCGCAAGUUGGUGAGCGGACUACUGAUUGGUCACUCGCUUCCUCGGAUGACAGAAAAUCACGAGCUUUACUAGCAAAGACAACCACUCAAGCGAAAAAACAUUUGGAAACUCUCACGCUUGUCAUUGGUGCCGCUGAUCGGUACCACAACGCUACCUCCCAAUUAUGUGCCACAUUAUCCGAUCCUGCGACUAUCAAUGUGAGAGCGCUACAGCGUAUCAUCGAACCGUUAUCCACGGAAAUUGGCGAAACAUGGAGAAAGAUUUCCGAGAACGAGGCCUCCAUACUCUCCCUCCGGAAGGAGAUUACCCGCAAUGCCGAGGAAUUAUGCAAGAAAAUAGAGGGUUUGUUGGAUACCAGGGAGAACAGUGGCAAGGCACACAUGCUGCUCACGGAUAUUCAAGUCAAAGUUCAAGAGUUGGCACGAAUCUACGCGAAUGAUAACCUGAUCCUUAAACUACCUGCCCGAAUUCUGAUCCCCGCAAUUGGAUUGGGCGUUGACGUGGUGGGCGAUAUUACCGCUUGGAAUAAAAGCCGUCUCUUGCGUAGUAUCAGACCCAUUAUCUCGCAAUCGAACACUUGUUCGAUGCAAGUGACGAUCUGA